AUGGACUAUGACCUUCCAUUCCUAUGUCCGAUACUCUCGCCUCGAUACUGCCUGGCAUCUACCCUGUGUCCGUGCUACCUGUCCUCAAUAAUAUAUGCAAGGAUAUUCAAGAAUAAGAGAUUCUCUAUGUUCGGAUUCUUUCUGGUUCCAUUUAGUGUGUAUGGAAUACGAAGGUAUGUCCAGGAUAAGCUCCAGUACAAGGAGAGCUUUGAAACGAGUGCAAUGAAAAGCCUCUGCUGCUGCAAUAGCCUGGCACAGGACCUCCAUGAGAUGAAGAUAAGAAGGAUUGGGGUUUAUAAGUUCCUUUCUGAGCCGAUUCCAUGUGACGACAGCGACCCGAGCUUUUGA